UCAAUUUCUAAAGUUUGUGUAAACAUGUACAUUUAAUUUAGGUACAUAUUCCGAUGUCUCUCUCUAGAAGAGGCGAUUUUUGUGAUUGCGAUAACCGUCAUCGUCUUCACAGAGGGAGUGAUUUUCCGACAGUUUUUCCCCAGAUUUCUGGGGUCAAACUAGUUGGUUUAUGUCCCUUAGGAAGUCUAUCCAACGGUUUUUAUGUCUCCUCGUUUUCGGAGAAGUUACAGAAACCAAAACCGCCAUGGAUAAUCUCCUAUAUAUACACCCUUCGCGCUUUCCUUUUCACUCUUCUCACUCUUCUCACUCCACUGUUCAAAAUGAGUGAUUUUAUAAGGCGUAAUCUUCAGGACCUUAAUCUAGGAGCGAAUGAUGAAGCAAUUUCCUUACCACCGGAUCUUUGUGUUCAAGCAGCGAGUGCGAAUCGUUUCACUCUGGUAGGAACGACUGUGAAUCCAAGAAAGCAACCUCUUCGCCCGAUGCUUAGUCACAUGCCACGCCUUUGGGGUUUGGGAAAUGCUGUGAUUGGAAGAAUUGUUGGCCCCAACUGCUUUCAGUUUAUUUUCCAAUCUGAGGAGGCUAUGAAUCUCACGCUAAGUCGGGGUCCAUGGUCUUUUAACGAAUGGAUGCUUGUGCUCCAGAAAUGGUCUCCAAAUUUCCCAGAAGAGGAACUGAAGAUCAUACCUUUUUGGAUCCAGAUUCGGGGCAUACCACUGCAGUUCCUGACCGAGCAAAUGAUCCGAUUUGUAGCCCGACAUCUUGGAGAAGUGAUGACCAUCGACUUCGAUGCAACAUCAACUCGCGUCGAUUUCGUCAGGGUAAAGGUAAAUUGGAAUUUAGACAAUCCCCUUCGCUUUCAACGGAAUUUUCAGUUUGGUGUAGAUCAGAACACCUUGUUAAAAUUCUGGUUUGAACGUUUGAGAAACUUUUGCAACAAAUGUGGUAUGUUAACAUAUGAUGCGAAAGAGUGUCCACUUAAUGAUUUUGAUGAUGAUGAUAAUGAUGAUAACGAUCCGGGAAACGAGGGCAAUGGUGAUCAAGAGAACCAACGAGUGGUUGAGAGGGAGUAUGUGGAUGGUGAUCUCCCAAUGGUACCGAUGUCUCCUGGUUUUAAUAAUGACACGUAAUACAUUCCACAGCCACGCUUGAAUGAUAAUGAUAUCACUGUCGAAACAGUUCGUUAUCUUCAAGCAAAGAUGGCUAAAGGGAAGUUUAAGGAGGAUGACUUCAUGGAAGUCUUUGCGGCCUACAUGCGUGAGGAGGAAUCUCCGGGUGGAUUUAAAAAGCGUAAACGGCUCCAUAUUGGUGAAAUCCAAGAAAACAAUGCUCAGCCAAGUAUGUACAUGACGGUUCUGAGUCCUGUGCAUCAACGUUUCAACUUUGAAGAAUCGCAGGGAUCCUGCUCUGCAUCAUCUCUGAUUGAUAGAGGCGCGAGGGGCCCGGUACCCCCACAGUUUCCCCCAUGAGAGUCGUCUCCUGGAACUGUCGGGGUCUCGGACCUGAGGGAUCGCCGACCGAGAAGAGGCUUGUGGACUUAUGUAAAAAAUUUAAGCCUGAUGUUCUUUUCUUAGUUGAAACUAUGCAUAGAUGUAAUGUAUUAAGGGAUUUAUGUGUGUACUUAGGAUAUGAUAACAUAAUUACCGUUCCUCCAUUAGGGAGGAGUGGAGGCUUGGCUUUACUCUGGAAUAAUGAUGUACAUAUUACUAAGUAUGUAGCUGAUGCAAGACUUAUUGAUGUUGGU